CGGCGUGCGCGCCCGACCGAGCCCCGCUCCCCGCGCUUCUCCGCGGGACUCCCCGUUCCGAGCUGCGGCCGCUUCGGUGCCGAGCCCCGCGGGAGCAUUCCCAGAGUCCCAGCCCCGGAGGGAAUCCCUCAGCACACCCGUGGGACCCCGAAACUUCAACGCAAUUCCCAGCCCCCUCCCGUCUUUUUUCUUUUUCUUUUUUAUGUCUUUCUUUGUCACUUCCCCAGCGUUCUCCCAGCGCAGUUUCCCCCCCUUUUUCUCCUUCCUAUCCCCAUAUCCUUCUCCCUCUCCGAAGGACGUAAAAGUGGUUUCCGCGGAAAGAUUGGAAGGCGCGGAUCGCCGGUCUCUUUGGAGUGAGAUUGUGUAGAAAGGAUUUGGGGGUGGGGAGGGGGGAAGCUGCCUUUUUUUUUUUUUUUUUUUAAACACUUCUGGCCCUCUGCCUCCCAAUCCUCUCUGUAACUCCUUGAGGAUAAACCUUGAAGGUUUGGGGGUGCAUUUUGGUUGGGUUCCGGGAGAGCAGUGACUGGGGAGGACCCCCCCCCGCCCCCCAGUCGUCGUCCUGAUACUUGGCUGGACCGGUACCGGCCGUUGGAAAGCCAGAAGUCUAUUUCCGUGUGGAACUUUUACAGCUAUAGACAUACAUACAUAUAUAUAUAUAUUUAGAUUUUUUUUAGAAUAACAGAUUAAAAAAAAAAGAUAUAUAUGCUUUCUAUGUAUUUCCCGACGACCUGCCCCUGACAGCGCCAUGUACAAUACGGUGUGGAAUAUGGACCGCGAUGACGCAGACUGGAGGGAGGUGAUGAUGCCCUAUUCGACAGAACUGAUAUUUUAUAUUGAAAUGGAUCCUCCAGCUCUUCCACCAAAGCCGCCUAAGCCAAUGACUUCAUCAGUUACAAAUGGAAUGAAAGACAGUUCCGUUUCUCUUCAAGAUGCAGAAUGGUACUGGGGGGAUAUUUCCAGAGAGGAGGUAAAUGACAAGUUACGGGACAUGCCAGAUGGCACCUUCUUGGUCCGAGAUGCCUCAACAAAAAUGCAGGGAGAUUAUACUUUGACUUUGAGGAAAGGAGGCAAUAAUAAGUUAAUAAAGAUCUAUCAUCGGGAUGGUAAAUAUGGCUUUUCUGAUCCUUUGACAUUUAAUUCUGUGGUGGAGCUCAUUAACCACUAUCAUCAUGAAUCUCUUGCUCAGUACAAUCCCAAACUUGAUGUGAAGCUGAUGUAUCCAGUGUCCAGAUAUCAACAGGAUCAGUUGGUAAAAGAAGAUAAUAUUGAUGCAGUAGGUAAAAAACUUCAAGAAUAUCACUCUCAGUAUCAAGAAAAGAGUAAAGAAUAUGACAGGCUAUAUGAAGAAUAUACUAGAACAUCCCAGGAAAUACAAAUGAAGAGGACUGCAAUAGAAGCUUUUAAUGAAACAAUUAAAAUAUUUGAGGAGCAAUGUCACACACAAGAACAAUAUAGCAAAGAAUAUAUUGAGCGAUUUCGUAGAGAAGGAAAUGAAAAGGAAAUUGAGCGAAUUAUGAUGAAUUUUGACAAAUUGAAAUCACGUCUUGGUGAGAUUCAUGAUAGCAAAAUGCGUCUGGAACAGGAUUUGAAGAAACAAGCUUUGGACAACCGGGAAAUAGAUAAAAAAAUGAACAGUAUCAAACCUGACCUGAUCCAGCUGCGCAAGAUCCGAGAUCAGCAUCUUGUGUGGCUCAAUCACAAAGGAGUAAGACAGAAGCGCCUGAAUACUUGGCUGGGAAUAAAAAAUGAGGAUGCUGAUGAGACCUAUUAUAUCAAUGAGGAAGAUGAAAACCUGCCACAUUAUGAUGAGAAGACCUGGUUUGUUGAGGAUAUCAAUCGAGUACAAGCAGAGGACCUGCUUUACGGGAAGCCUGAUGGCGCAUUCUUAAUCCGUGAGAGCAGCAAGAAAGGAUGCUAUGCUUGUUCUGUGGUUGCCGAUGGGGAAGUGAAACACUGUGUGAUCUACAGCACAGCACGAGGAUAUGGCUUUGCAGAGCCCUACAACCUGUAUGGCUCACUGAAGGAGCUGGUGCUCCACUACCAGCAGACAUCCCUGGUUCAGCACAACGACUCCCUCAAUGUCCGGCUUGCCUACCCUGUCCAUGCACAGAUGCCUUCGUUCUGCAGAUAAAGAGGGAGUGGGAAGAGAGGUGGCUCUCCAGCAUUUUUUUCUACAGUUUUUAUUAGACUAUGAUGAGGGCAUUCUUUCUACGUAGACUGCUUGUUUUGCACAAGAAGUGAUUCUGUGAAUGUGAAGUGGAGAGGCCUAGCCGGCCAGGAUGGGGGAAUAAAUAAGGGGCCUGGGGGGUCUCUGGGACUCAGCUGUACUGCUGCACUGAUAAAGUAAGCAGAUGUUGUUUUUGGAAAGUCUGUUUUGUUGGGGUUUUUGUUUUUGUUUAGCCAGGCACCCUCAGCAGAACACAUUAGGCUGAUGGAGGCAGGCGGUGGGGCGUAGUAUGGGAGCCUCUGAAGAGUCCAUGUUCUCUUUUGGUCUUCAGCUCUGAGAAUGUAACAGGGGCUUCGGUCUGUUGGGAGUUAUUUUGCUCCUAUAAUAUCUUCACUCCAAAAGUAAACACUUUGUUUUUGUUCUGUGGUAGAAUGGGAUUUGUUUUUUGGGUAACAGGAAAAAAAAAGACAACCAAAGGAUAAUCGGGAGGCUUGAGGUUUCAGUUAAAGAAUCUAAGCCAAGAGGGUACAAAAGAACCUUCAAUGGGUGGCACUUUGCUUACCAAUGUAAUUUAGGCUUCAGCAUAUCUCUUCCUUCUUAAGAAGCAUUGUGUUCAGAAACCAGUAAAAUGAUGUUUGUUGUUCCACUAAAGUCUAAGAGGAAGAAAGUGACAUUAGUAGCUGAACACACAUUUUUGUACCCAAAGUGGAAAAUAAGAAAACUAGAAAUGUGAGUUUUUGCAAACAAAUUGGUCAAUGUAUUUCUUUUUGCCCUGCCCGUUUCUCAGAGAUGAGGAAUAGCAUUCUUUUUGUGGGGAUAGUGAGAUUUGAAUCAUACAAUGAAGUUGGUGCUUUUGUGGUGUUUCCUUAGCCUAAAGAAUGAUCUGUUGUUGAAACUUUUGUAACUUGUUUGUAUGAGAAAAGAAAAGGUGCAAUCCAGUGCUUUUAGAUGGCUUGAUAUACCAAAUAAUGAUAGAACAACAUUGUUACAUGUGCUUCCCCAAGUUUAAAAGGACCCUGCAAAAACAUUAUAUAUGGUUUACUUUGCUGUCAUCUCCCCCCUUUUUUGCUGGGUAGGGUUUAGGGAGUCAUAAGUGGCUAAGGAGGGAAUCAGAUUGUGGUCAGAGGCCUAAGAAAUUGGACUCAGGGCCCCUGGUGUCCAGGGUGAGGGUCAUACCACAUUGUAACAUGCUUUUCACACAAUGGUUUCUAAAGCUUUUGCAAGGAGAGAAGAUGGCUUGGAGUUUAGACUUAAUAGAAAUCAUCUGGAAGCUUUUCUCUGCCUUUUUAUUUAUUUUUUAUUGUUUAGCCUGCCAUUAAAGCAAUGUGCAGCCUGCCUUCAUGCUUCAGUGGCUGUGGUUUUAUGCCAGGAAUCUUCUGCCCCAUGUAGUUUAAACCUUCCAGCUGAGUGAAGCCAGGCAAAUGGAGUAGAGGGAAGGCCAUCUACUCCUGCCUUCAUUAUGCUCCACAGCCAUCAGUCAACACUCAUUUGACAAAUAGUCCAGCUGCCUCCAAGCCAAUCCCGGAACUAUAAUAGGCCGAGUGUGACUCAGCUGUUUGAGCCCAGAGAUGUGCAGUCAGGCAUCCUAGCUGAGCUAGAGGAGCAGCCAGUAUCUGGGUCUUGGUUCAUAAAGUUUAUAGCUAGGAAAACUAGUUUGGGGGGAUGAAGGCAAAACAGCACUUUCCCUGAAGGCUUACUUAAGUGACAGUGUCUAAAAUGGACCACGAUGUAGACAUGGAUAUAGAUUAAAUAAAAUAAAAAAAACAUAACUUCCCAAGUUACUUCCUAUCCAAGAGGAUAGGAAGAGAAAGGCAUCUUUGGCUUUUGUUUAUGCUGGUUUAAUUGGGUGAGAAGAGACAAAUGAGCCCCUUCCCCUGCCGUGUUUGCGAUUUAAGCCCCUUAAAGAUCGCCAGCACAGGCUUUCCCCAAGCUGUUAGAUCGAAGCCUUGCUAAACGUCUUACUGAGUUAUGCUAGUCUGAUUACUGUCUGGUACACAGAAGUAGCUUUAUCUGGUGUUGAACCUGUUGAAGCAGUUGGAUGCAAGGAAUCCCUUCUAUCUGGUACUAAAAUUUUAUUGAGUCCCGAAAGUUAAAAAAAAAUUAAGCUAAGAUGAAAUAUGAUACACACCUGUAGUGUUUAACAAGUGUCAGACUAGGAGGAAUGUGUAGAGGGAGAGCAAGUACCAUCUAACCUAUACUUGGGCUAGCUUGUGGAGAAGGGAUGUUAUUGUUUUAUAUUCCUUUUCUUUCCUUUUGCCUGUGGGCUCUUAAGAUUAGAGAUCAUUUGAUAGAGAGUAUUUUCUGUUCAGUUACCACAUGAGUUACUUGAUCCUGAAUCAGUGGAAGUGACAUAGGCAGCAGUCAACUAACCACUGCAUCUGGUAUGUGUGGAGGGGCAGUAUACUGCUUGCUCCCUUAUGGUUUGUGAGGUCCAAGUCUCCUUCGUGAGUCUAGCCCUGUGUUCUAUCCCAUAAUUUGGGCUCUGGGACUAUCUCUUAACGUCUUAACUGUUUCUCAGAGAAGCAGAGGAUCAAGAGAGAAAUCUGACUAGAGGGACAGAUUCUCCUGGCUAGAUAAGUCAGCGAUGAACACGAAAGCAGCUUGGAAGACACACAAAUCCUAGGCCCAUUUUUUCCAAGGGGAGCACUCAUCACAAUGCCAUUUGCACCCAGCUGUAGAUGUCAAACCUUGACUUUGGUACAGGCAUGGCUAGGUAUCCUAUGUUCUUAUUACUGAUCUGGGUCAAAACAGGAAAUCCUAAUACCUCUCCAAGCCUUGGUGAGACCCCUCCUUUACUUUAGACCUCAUGUACCUGGAAGUUUUUGAGAACCAAUGUGGUGUCUUCCUUGGGUCUCAUCUUGCUCCAUGCAUUCUCUUGAGCUAAGAAAUGUAUCUGGGCAACUCCUGGUUCCUAGGAUGAGCCCUGUUGACAGUUAAGACCCAGAAUGGGUCACUGCGAGGUUUCCAUCGUCCUAGAAACCAGAGGGGCCCUGUGGGGGACCCGUGUGCACCUUCUGCUGCCAACUGCUCAGCCUUGCUAAAUUUAACUCCAGCCACUUGCUACAACCAACCUUGUUUCCUUACAAAUUCCAGCAUGUGACUUUGGUGCCCUGUUGUUACUUGUGAAAAACCUAUUCUGUUGUCUUUGAUGUAGUCAAAAAAAAUUCUGUAGUUUAUGUAAAAAUCUGAUUCACAAGGAAGUCAACUGUACGUCUUGUGUUGGGACAAUUCAUAAUGUAGUUCCUAGACCAAUUUUGCAAAUUGUUAUUGUCACCAGAUGUGUUCAGACAUUGCUGUGCAGUUGUGGGGAAGGGUGGAGGGAAGGUAAGGGAGACACUUUUCUGUUUUUUACCUUCCCCAAGUGGGGAUAGUCUGGCCAACUCGCUCCAGUAAUGCAAUAAAGACAUUGCAAUAA